AUGGUUUACCGCAAAGAGAAUUGCGUAAACUGCGAUAAAUAUCAAAUACUUAACCAUGAGAGUAAAUUAUGUGUCAGUUGUUAUUAUAGCCAAACACAGUUCCAGAAAGUUAGUAGCGGAAAUCAUGAUAUUGACGAUUUAAUAAAGGCAACACAUAAUAAUCAGCCUAAAUUUAGAUUGGAGUGGAUCCCGUUUGAGGACUUUACAGAUUUAACCCAAAUUGGAAAUGGUGGUUUUAUUCUUAAGGAUUCGCAAGAUAUUAAUUCGACAUUCUUAAAAGAGUUACAAAAUAUCGUUAAAAGCCAACCUAAUUCUUACAUGCGCCGCAUUAUUCAAUGUUAUGGAGUAUCACAAUUUCCAAAAACAAAUGAUUUUAUUUUUGUUAUGUCUUAUAUGUCUAAUGGAAGUCUAAAUGAUUAUUUAUCUAAUAAUCUUAAGGAUGUUACUUGGAAUAUAAAACGCGACUUUCUUAGGGAUAUUGCUACAGGCAUUAAAUGGAUUCAUAAAAAUAAAAUUGUACACCGCGAUAUACACAGUGGAAAUAUAUUAAUAGGAAAUUUGAAAAGCAAUGGUCCUGAUUCUAACACUUUAAUUGCUGAUUUAGGGUUUAGUCGUCCAGCAAAAGAUGAUGUGGAAAGUUCAGAAUAUAAUAUAUAUGGAAUUAUGCCAUAUAUUGCACCUGAAGUGCUUAAUAAAAAACAGUAUUCAUUUAGUUCGGAUAUUUACAGUUUAGGAAUGAUUAUGUGGGAACUUACAAGUGGAUGUCGCCCUUUCUAUGAUCGGGAAUAUAACGCUAAUCUUGCGCUUGAUAUAUGUAAUGAAUUACGACCAAAUAUUACUGAAGAUACUCCGCACUGUUGGGCUAUUUUGAUGCAAAAAUGUUGGCAAUCGGACCCCUUAAAAAGGCCAACUAUUGAUGAACUAUAUGAUGUAGUAAAUUCUAGAUAUUGGAAUGAAAAUGAAAGUUUUAUAAAAGAAGCAGAAAAUAAACGACAAAAAUUGCUUAAUGCCGGGAAAUUAACUGUUAAAUAUAUGCAUCCUCAUUCUAAAACUCACAGCCAAUUAUUAAAUCCUACUAUAGACUCUAUGCUUUUAGAUUUACUUCAAGGUUCUAAAUCUUUUACAUUACUCCCUAUAGAUUCUUUUCAAAGCAUUAGCAGCGAUUCAUUUAAUAUUAUUUCUGAGCACUUUAAAAUCGCUAACAGUCUAAAUUCAACGAUAAACAUACCACCUUCAAAAAAACACACUAUCGAAUUUUUACUAGAUGAAAAUUAUCAUG